UUCUCAUUUCAUUUUCAGACCGUAGCACAUGGAAUUAGCGAAAUUUUGUCGAACCAUAGAAUUUUCAGAGAUUUUGACGUUCCUAAAUCCAGAUUAUACUGAAAUUAAAACACAACAAACAAACUCGGCGACUCCGACUAUAAUGAAUCAUUUGAAAUGGAUGGGCCAUUCGGCAACAAUUUUCGAUAUACAAAGAAAUCUCCGCAACGAUCCACAAAGCUGUGAAGUGACUUUGGCGGCCAAAGGACACUCAGUGCGAGCGCAUCGGUUUGUUCUCUCGUCGUGUUCAGACCUGCUCCGCAAUCUACUAGUGGACGUACCGAUGGGACAAGAAGCUACAAUUGUUGUGCCUGACAUUAAAGGUUCGCUUUUGGAGAGUGUAUUGGCUUUUAUUUACGUUGGUGAAACUAGCCUCACCUCAACAAAUCUUUCUGAAUUUUUGGAAGCCAUUAACACCUUGGGCAUCAAAUCUGCCAUAAGUUUCGAAUGCAACAAUGCUACACUGUCCGGUGGAGUCGCGACAACAACAGUGCCAGUAAAAUCUUUGAGCGAUAUACAAAUUGCACAAGAAGAGCUAAUCGAACAGCAAGAAAAUAUUGCUGUAGAGAAAAUCGAGACUCAAAAUGUUAUACAACAUGAAAGAGAAUUGGAAUUUUUGGAUGUCUAUAAUGAUGCUCAACACAGUAAAAUCACCUAUUCCAUCGAACACAUGCCGGUUUCCAGCACUGCAAAUGAGUAUAUAUUGACUGAAAAUUCCGGAACAUUUACAUUGACUCAAAACAACAAACUCGAAAAUGGGUCCAACUCCGAUUCAGAAAAGUUGGUUGAAAUGGAAGAUACAACUGAAGAUAGUCAUAUCAUUGAGGAAUAUAGUAGUAAUAGCGCCGAUCCUAUAAUUGAGAUUGCUGCAAGUACGCCAACUACAAGCACUUCCAAAGUAACUACCACUACCACAAAUUCGCAAGUGCCACAACCACUUAUUCAAAUAAAAUCAGCUCCAAAAAUUAAAACAAUAAAAAUUAAAUCUCAAUCCAGUUCAGAAACUGAACAAAUCCACCAGUCGAUGUAUACAACACUUGAUCCCACUGCAGAUCCAAUUUCAGUAUUAAAGACUGAGGACACUUUUGUUUCUCUGAAUGCUGCACCAGGCGUUCCCGAAGAUGCCCUAUUUUAUGCCGUUCAGGCAGUUAUUAAUGAAGGCAUGAGUUUACAAAAGGCUGCACAAAAGUAUGACCUUUCUAAAACUGUUCUCUGGCGGAGAGUGCGCAAGCAUCCAAAUUAUAUGAAAACGACUCGAGAAAAUCCAGUGCUUACUAUGGCAUACGAACGUUUAAAAGGGGGAGAUUCACUAAAAAAUAUUAGUCGAGAAUUAGAUAUACCAAUGUCAACAUUACAUAGACACAAGGUACGUUUAGCACAGCAGGGGCGUCUACCAGAUUAUGUUUCCUUUAAAAAACGAGAUGUCAACUCGAAAAUUGAGUUAAAGGACAAAUUAACAAAAGCUCUGCAUGCUUGCGUGCAUGAGGGAAUGUCUCAGAAUCAUGCGGCAAAUUUAUUUGAUAUACCGAAGAGUACGCUAUGGCGUCAUCUGCAAAAACGUGUAGCUGAAGCAGAGCUUUCGCAGAAACUUGAACAAGGACACAUCAAGGAGGAAGUUAUAUUAUCUUAAAACCAGUAUUUAAAAUUUGAUUGUUUCCGAUUUGUAACUUCUUAUUUACAUAAGCAACUAUUCAAUUAGGUUUAUUAUGGUAACCACAUAAUUUCUUUUGUAAUAUAUUUAAUUAACUAUAACUUUUUAACAGUACUUCAGAACAUUCCAAAUUUAUUUCAGAUUUUCUCAUUUCGAAUAUUAAUUAAAUGUCAAUUCGAUUGCUGGUAAAUUAAAACAUCAAAUUAACCAAAGUACAAAAUGAACCAAAUUAGUUUCACAUAUUGCGAAUAGAUUUUGUUUUGAAGUAUCCAAAAAUACAAGAAAAAACAUUUUUUUGGCGAAUAUUACCUUAAGUAAAUUUCUAAUGCUAUAAAAUAAAAUAAAAAUAAAAAAAACAAAUGGGAAUAAAUAAAUUUGGAAUGCUAUUAAAAUAAUUAAAAGCGUCAUCCUCAUUUCGCGUUAUAUGAAACAAGCUAUACAUGCUGGGAAAUAUUCUAUUAAAGGAUUGCUAAUAUUUUCGGCGCUGUCGUAUAUACCUAAAUGGGUCUAUGCGUGACUACCAUUCAGUGUGGCCUGAAUUCCAAACCCACCGCCCGCAUGAAACACCAAAUGAUAGAAAGGACUUUUUUAUCUACAAUGUUUGCUUCUAGGUAGGUAAUGGCAAGCCUCCGAGUGUAUGUUCAGACAUGAAAAGCCAUCUGCUGCUCUAAGGAAGGAUGUACGCGCCAAUUAUAUAAUAUAUACAUACAUAUAUAUGCCAAUAUUUUAAAUGAUAGUUGCAGAGUUUAUCUUACAUUUUAAUAUACAGAUAUGCUGUGCACAAAUGAUAAACUUUACGUCAAAUAUUUUUGAAAGUGAUUUGGAAAUUUUUGCGGUACUGAUAAAAUAAGUGUAUUAUUUUUGUACACAUAUUUUAAGUUCUGUUUAAAAUAAAUAUUAAUUCUCUAUAUAUCUCAUUUACCAAAAAUAGAUGUGUCUAUAUGUAUUCGAUAACUCACAUUACAUAUUUAUGUGUGUAGGUACCUACUUCAGAGAGCAAAAGAAAAAAACCAAAAAAAGCUACUUAUAUAAUUGUGGUCUUCACGCAUAAUUACCGAUCGUGGUAGAAUGCAUAGAGAUAGUAAAAAGUAUUUAUAUAUUUAGGUUUAUGCUUUUUUUGGUUAUAAUAUUAAUUUGUUUUAAUUUUCUUAGCUAUUAUUAAAUACAAGAUGGUGGUUAAGUCUGUUUGA